AAGAGCAGAGCAAUUCAUCGGCCCCUUGAGCGAGAGAAUUUAUCAGAAACAACGAUUUCGAUUUGGGGGAUUCAAUAGAGAAAGAGCUCUCUGCGUCGUAUAAUAAGUAUAAUCCUUUGAGAGAAAUAUGACGGAAGAACCACAGAAGGUGCCUUCUUCAUCGUUACAGCAACCUUCUUCUUCUUCUGAUAAGAAACCCGAAGAAGAUUCUGGGAUCAAGCCUCAGAAUCCAGAUCGAGCUUAUCCAUUGUAUCCACCGGGUCUUGUUCCCGGGUUGAAUCAUGGACAGUACGACGAACAAACGAACCGUGGAGCUGGGAUCUAUGCGGUUCCUGUGAAUCAUCAUAAUCAAUUUGGAGCUCUUCCUUCUAACUAUCUUAUCCCUCUCACUUACAAUAUCCCCACAACGAGAGCAAACAAUGAGACUGGGGAUGGGGGAGAGAAUCAAGGACAAGUUGGGCAGGGUCAGCAGCAGCAGCAGCAACAGCCUGGACAUCAAAGGCAAGUUGUUGUACGGAGAUUUGAGAUCGCCUUUCAGCUUGACAUUUUCCUCAUUCUCAAGCUUGCUGCUGUCAUCUUUCUGUUCAACCAAGAUGGAUCUAGACAAAGGCUCGCUGUUCUUGUGAUUUUCGCUACCAUCAUUUACUUAUACCAAACUGGAGCCCUUGCACCGUUUGUCCGAUGGCUAUCACAAGGUAUGCAUAGAGCCGCAGUACCACCACCUCGACCUCAACCACCUGCUGCUGCCGCCAGAGCUGAUAAUGAUCCUGCAGCUGCUGUGCCACUCAACGGAGGAGAUGCGCUUCCCGAGGGACAACAAGAGAAUGAAGGUGAUAACGGGAACAGAGCAAACGCAAAUGAAAAUGUGGAUGCAGCUCCCCAAGGGAAUCAAUGGUGGGGAAUAGUGAAAGAGAUUCAGAUGAUAGUUUUUGGCUUCAUUACUUCACUUCUCCCUGGCUUCCACAACAUAGAUUAGACUCUUUCUUUCUUUCUCCACUCAUCUCUCUUAUGUCAAAGUACAGAAAAUAGUAACCAUAAACACUCAAAUCUUCAAGUUUAAUGUAUGUGAGCCUGCAGUUUUCAUGCUUUUUGCCUUUUAUUGUUCAAAGCGCAGGAACUCAUAUACUGGACCUCUUUUAUUUAUAUCAAAAUUUUACGAAGAAGCUGAUAAGC